CCGGCGGCGGAAGCCGGGGCACCACACGGGUGCGAGCGGGGCGGCGGGCAGCGCCAUGCGGGCUGCUGCCUGCCUCCUCUCUCUGGUGCUCUGCGCUCUGCCCGCUGCCCCAGGAGGCUCCGGGCCGGCAGCUGGGCGGCGGGGCGAGAGCCGCUUCGGGGAGCGAGAGAGCAUCAGGCCCCUGCGGCUGGUCUCCGGCGGCGGCGGGGCGCGGCGGCCGGCGCUGAGCACGCUGGUGCGGAGCGGCGCGGAGCGGACACAGUCUACCCACAUUGCUCGAGCCAGCUUCCAAGUUGAUGCUUUUGGAUCAUCUUUCAUCCUAGAUGUGACGCUAAACCAUGACCUGCUGUCUUCUGAAUAUAUUGAGAGGCAUAUCGAACAAGGUGGGAAGACAGUGGAAGUUAAAGGAGGAGAACAUUGCUAUUAUCAGGGACAAAUUCGAGGAAAUCCUGUAUCGUUUGUUGCCUUGUCAACAUGCCAUGGAUUACAUGGGAUGUUCUAUGAUGGAAAUCACACUUACCUUAUUGAGCCAGAUGAAAACUACACUUCAGAUGAUGAAUUCCAUUUUCACUCUGUUUACAAAUCCAAGUUGGUUGAGUUUCCUUCGGAUGAUCUGCCAUCUGAGUUCUGGCAAAUGAAUGCUACAUCACCGAAGUUUGUUGUAAAGCCAAGACACAAAAGAAGUAAAAGGCAGGUUCAUCAAAUUCCACAUAAUGUUGAAGAGGAAACAAAAUACAUUGAGUUAAUGAUUGUAAAUGAUCACCUAAUGUGUAAAAAGCACCGCUUGUCAGUUGGCCAUACAAACAGCUAUGCUAAAUCAGUUGUGAACAUGGCAGAUUUAAUAUAUAAAGAACAACUUAACACCAGGAUAGUAUUGGUUGCCAUGGAAACCUGGGCUACUGAUAACAAGUUCACGAUAUCUGAAAACCCCUUGGUGACCCUACGUGAGUUUAUGAAAUAUAGGAGGGAUUUUAUCAGAGAGAAAAGUGACGCAGUUCACCUUUUUUCGGGAAGUCGAUUUCAGAGCAGUCGGAGUGGUAUAGCCCACACUGGUGGAAUCUGCUCCUUGCUUAAAGGCGGAGGUGUGAAUGAGUUUGGAAAGCCAGACUUAAUGGCAGUUACUCUAGCACAGACCUUGGCUCAAAACAUUGGCAUUUUCUCAGACAGAAGAAAACUUAUAAGUGGUGAGUGUAAGUGUGAGGACACGUGGUCUGGAUGCAUAAUGGGAGACACAGGGUAUUACCUUCCAAGCAAGUUCUCCAAAUGUGAUAUUGAAGAAUAUCAUGAAUUUUUAAACAAUGGAGGGGGAGCCUGCCUUUUCAAUAAACCAACCAAACUUCUGGAUCCUCCAGAAUGUGGCAAUGGCUUUGUGGAAGAUGGGGAAGAGUGUGACUGUGGGACGAUAGCGGAGUGUGCCAACGAAGGAGGAGAGUGCUGCAAUAUGUGCACCCUGACAGCAGGCUCCCAGUGCAGCAAUGGGCUUUGCUGUCGGAAGUGCCGGUUUGAACCUAAAGGAGUUUUGUGCCGAGAAGCUGUGAAUGAUUGUGACAUUGCAGAGAACUGCACAGGAAAUUCCAGUCAGUGUUCUCCCAAUAUUCAUAAAAUGGAUGGAUAUUCAUGUGAUAACAAGCAGGGUAUAUGUUUUGGAGGAAGAUGUAAAACCAGGGACCGGCAGUGUAAAUAUAUCUGGGGUGAAAAGGUAACAGCUGCUGACAGGUACUGCUAUGAGAAGCUGAACAUUGAAGGGACUGAGAAGGGAAACUGUGGAAGAGACAGGGACUCUUGGAUACAGUGCAAUAAACAGGAUGUGCUUUGUGGAUACCUUCUGUGCUCCAAUAUAUCCAGUGUGCCCAGACUCGGAGAACUUGAUGGUGAAAUCACAUCCUCAAUCUUGCAUUUUGGAAGAGUCUACAAUUGCAGUGGUGGCCACGUGAAGCUCGAUGAGGAGACGGACCUGGGCUAUGUGGAGAACGGGACGCCGUGUGGGCCCAGCAUGGUGUGCCUGGAUCAUCGCUGCCUCCCCAUCGAGGCCUUCAACUUCAGCACCUGCCCAGGCACCACAGACAGCCAAAUCUGUUCAGGACAUGGUGUUUGUAGCAAUGAAAUAAAGUGUGUUUGUGACCGAUUCUGGGGAGGAGAUGACUGCAGUUCUCGCAUCAAAGAUGAUAUGUUUUUUGAUAAAGAUGCCAUCAAUAAAGGUGUUGUUAGCACAAAUAUAAUAAUAGGGGCUAUUGCUGGCACCAUUUUAGUGUUGGCUAUCGUUUUAGGAAUAACUGGCUGGGGUUACAAAAACUACAGAAGACAGAGGUCAAAUGGAUUAUCUCAUUCCUGGAGUGAAAGGAUCCCAGACACAAAACAUAUUUCAGACAUUUGUGAAAAUGGGAGGCCUAGAAGUAAUUCUUGGCAAGGUAAUAUAGGAGGAAACAGAAAGAAAGUCAGAGGCAAAAGAUUUAGGCCACGGUCUAAUUCAACUGAGACACUGUCUCCUGCAAAGUCUCCAUCUUCAUCCACCGGAUCUAUUGCUUCCAGCAGAAAAUACCCUUACCCGAUGCCACCACUUCCUGAUGAGGAGAAAAAAGCCAACAGGCAAAGUGCCAGGCUAUGGGAGACAUCCAUUUAGCUGCACUGUUUUCCUGGGGUGACAUCAGAACUGUUUACUUCGAAUUUUAUAGAAACUCAGCAUCACUGAGUCAUUGCACAUUCAUCUGCUCUUCAGGCAAUUGAAAAGAUCAACAGAGGUGCCCGUGGCCACAGUGAGAAUCUCCUCUCAUCUGAAAGGGAAACAAGCAGUCUUUUGUUGUUGUUGUUUGGGGUUUUUUUUUGUUGUUGUUUUUGGGGUUUUUUUGUUGACUAGUAUCUUACGGAUUUUAUGAACAACCAAAAGCAUAAUAAAUAAAAGAGGAUUAGUUUGGACCUGUUCCACAUGAUGACAGAUAUACUUACCUACAGUCCCACCUGCAGGCUGUUUGUCAAUCCUGCAUACGAGGGGUUUUUCUCUGUUUUAACACUGUCCUGAGUCAGCCCGGAGUGGAACUGGGAACGCGCCUCCUGGAGAGCACAACCGAUGUAAACUUGUACGCUGUAUGCAUGAACCUUGUGUUCUUUACUUUCCACAUGUAAGGGAAAACAACUUACUGUAGUAGAAAUUAGCAUGCAGGAGUAAGAAAUAUAGGAUUUAUUUUCUGACAGGAUUUCAAGCUUUGGAAGGCAACUAUUUGACACAAAUGUCAAAAAAACAAGAAUUCUAUCUUUUUUUUAACCUUACAUGUUUAUAAUCUCAGUAUACAGACUGUAUAUAUGUAAACAUUUGAUAAUGUCAAAAACAGCUGUUAUAUAUGUGUAUCUUGCCAAAUGCCUAAAGAAACAGUCAUGACAAACAUCACAAUUCAAAUUUUCUAACAUUACGAGCAGACAGCUUUGGAAAUACAGGAAGUACAUUACUGUAUAAAACCAUGUCUCUGAGAAACUGGUGUUUGACCAAAAUCUGUACUAUCUUUUCAGUAUGUCUUGACAAUCUGAGUUGUCUCGUAAACUGCAGAAACCAGUUCAGCAGCACUUUUUCUUAAAUCAUCAUUAAGAGGAACCAGCCAAAAUCCAUUGUUUGGUGAGAUGACCAGGGUAUCAUCUACAGAUGUGAUGAAGAAUGAGUAGGCAGAUGAUGAGGACUUUCUUUAAGUAAUGUGCAGUCCAAGCUUCCUGGACAUUUGGUAAUACUUCUAUGUUGUCAAUUCAGGAUGUGGUGAUGUGAAGUCCUUCUGUUGAGAAUUCCUGUGUAUUUUUGAUAGAGCAUUUCAGACACUGUUUUAGAUGGCAAGGUAUAGCUUAUGAGAAGUAUAACAAUUUCACUAGAUAGUAACAGUGCUGGGCAAGUGGCCAUUGUCAUUGCUGACUUUUAAUUUUCAUUUGUUCUGUGAUCUCCUUUACCAUGCGCUUGAAUACUGUGCUUACUGCCCCUGAAGCCUCUUUGACAAUUUUUGGGGGCUUACACUAAAUACAAGGGAGUUUAUCCUGAAAAAAAAAAUGGGAGGGGGACACACGGGACAAAUGAACCCUUUACCAUGGAGCUGUUAAUCUUGUCUAUAAGUACAUGACUAAAUUUUUAACACCUGAGACUUCAAAAGGUCAUUGUAAACCAAAUGUCUUUGGAUUGGAAAUUUUCAGUCAGUAAGAAACUGGAGUAUAUUUAAUCAGUUUAUAAUUCUCCAGCUUUCCAAAAGUGACUAAUUCCUAGCUUCAGGUAGUACCAUUUCAGAAUAAAACAUCUAAUUCUGCGUGGUGCACUUUAAUACUUUGCCCAACAGCCAUAUGAUCAAUUAGACAUUAUUGUGGUGGGAACAUCUACGGUGUUUCUGAAUCUUCUACCUCUUUCAUGUAUUUCCUUUAGUAAUUGAACACAACACUUGCAGCCUUUUAAUAUAUUUUUUUAAGUCUCUCGAUAAAGUCAAAUACAUGUAAGAAACAUUAAGAAAUGUUUAAGGAUGUCAGCACCUGUAAAGUAUGUAAUAUUUUUAAAAGCACUAUAUUUUAUGAUUAGACUGUGUCUAGGACAAAAUAUUGGCCUUGGAGUUCAAAUGGUUUUCCGUCACAAUCGACAGAUCCUGGUAAGUAUUUUGGAAAAAGAUAAAUAUGGGUGAGUGUAAGUGGAUGCAGUCACUUGUAAUUACUUUAGGAAAAGAUUCUGCACUUUUGUGAAGAGUAAAUAUCCAUCAGCACUAAAGAGUAUUUUUUGCAAACAUUUACUUUGAGAGUAAGUAACCGAAUUAAAGAUAGUAGUGUACAGCUCAUGAAAUUAGGGCCUGAGCCAUAAGCAUGUGAAAUCAGUGUUUUAUUGAUUUCAGUGGACUUUGAGCACAACUCUCAAGAAGUUCACCCAUAUUAGGACAUUAUGCUAACCCAACAGCUGCUAUGUUACUCUUCUUCCCUCCUAUAUUAGUAUCUUGUCUUUAGUAACUGGACUGUUCAUCAUGUGCCUUUUAUGGUAUUUUGUUUGGAUACAAACUAGCAUGUAAUUUUGAAGAACCCUGUUAAAUUUCUGUGCAUAUUUUAUGUUUACCACUGUUUACUCUUCCCUUUCCAUUUUGCCUUAUCAAGAAACAAAAAUUUGGCAGACUGAACUGGAUAUAACAUACUGGCUAUUUGUGUAGUUUUCAUAGCUUGUUGUUCUGCAAACAAAUGGCUCUUCUGACUAUUUUCAUUGUAGUAUAUGCUUUCAGCUCCACUCUUGUUUUGGUGUCAUUCAUUUGUAGCAUAUGAUGGUACAGUUUUGUGUGUAGUGUAAUUUUAGCAUUUCACAUUUGGAGAUAUGUAGUGACUGGAAGUCCAGUUACGAGUACUAAGUUUAAGUUAAAUAAAUAUUGACUUUCCCUUUGAUGGGCUAGAGUGAGAAAAUCACAGGAUGUGAGUUUUUGCAUCUAGUUGGUAACUUGGAGACCUUGCCAUUGCACAAAACCUGAGCUGGCUGGGCUGCGGGAGCCUCUAAAGCCAGUGAAGCUCAAAGAGAGAAGCUGUUUGCUUACCUUCUGGGUUCCUUCUUCUAGAAUGUGAUGUGUUGGAAAGCUGCCAGAUUAAUUACCUUGAAGAUUGCAAAUAUUUUUUCCGCUGUACUUAGUUACUCUUGCAAGAGCAAUAUAAAUUGCCAUGUAAUACCUCAUCCAGUCUAAAAUAGUGUACUUUUGUUAUCACUAAGAUCACUCAGAGUCAUUGAGACUUAUGCUUUUAUUUUAUUUUUAUUUUAAUAAAAUCACUGGUUAUUGCCAGCUGUGCUGUAGAUGCCUGUUGAAGUGGGGAAGCUAUCAGUUCUUCUCAAUGCAUCAGAAGUAAUUGUCCAGAUGAACACAGGACCUGUCCAUAUGUAUUUCAACAUGUGGGAAAAGAAUCUUGUAUAAAUUAAAAUAAAGUUAAUAUGACUAACUGAUGGAGACUGGAAAACAGAGAUUAUAUCCAAAUAAUAUUGCUGCACAAUGAUUUCACAGCUUAAAAAGUAAAAAUGGGCCUUCUAGUUCUGAAUUUCUUGGCAUAAACACUUCG